UCGUUCCACUACAUUGUAUAAACUCAGAAAGAGAGAAACAGAGAGAUAGAGAGCGAGAGAGGGAGAGAAAUGGUGGGUGCCUUCUGGGGGACGAGAGUGAUGGAGAUAGUGAAGAAGCAUGACUCCGGAGGUUUAGUGUGGAAGCGAAUCAAGCUCACCACCACUCGCAAAGCCAACGCCAAGAAGCGCCUUCUCCGCGUUUGGCAGAAUGAGGCUGUCCUUAGGGCAUGUUCUGAACCAACUCCUUCGAAAACUUCAGGGGUUGGUACUGAUGUAGCUGGUGAGAAAGAUAGCAAAAGCAGCUGACUCAACGGGUUAUAUGAGUAAGAACAUUUGACGAACCUGAAGGGAGUAUUUUGAUAAUUACCGGCUUCAUAGUGCAGUGUUUCUUUGAUUUAAAAUUUACCAGUAGAAUUUAGUUGGAUAUUAUAACUGACCACUUUUUUGGUCAUUCUACAGUAUAGAGUGCAACUGUCUUCUUUUUUGAUCUUGGGCUUGGCAAACGUUUUGAUGAAAUUCAGUCAGUCAAUAAGAUUAUCUAGAACUUGCUUGCUA